AUGGGCAAUUUGCAUGAGGGUCACUUAACAUUAGUAAAAAAGGCAAAGGAAUAUGGAACAAAAGUUGUGGUUAGCAUUUUCGUCAAUCCUAUGCAAUUCAAUAACCAAAACGACUUGAAUGCUUAUCCUCAGACUUUGGAAGAGGACAAUGAAAAGCUAAAGGGAUUAAACGUCGAUUUAGUUUUUACACCAACAGUACAAGAAUUAUACCCGACUGGUUCUACAGGGAUCACCUUCGUGGAGACUCCAAAGUUAUCUGAAAUGCUGGAGGGUGCUAGUCGACCAGGACAUUUUCGUGGUGUGACUACGGUUGUAAGCAAAUUAUUUCACAUAGUAGAACCGGAUGUAGCAUGUUUUGGCGAAAAAGAUUUCCAGCAAUUGGCGAUUCUACGGAAAAUGGUACAUGAUUUGGAUUUUGGCAUUGAGAUCAUCGGCGUUCCGACAGUUCGUAACGAAAAUGGUUUGGCUUUGAGUUCUCGAAAUGGAUAUUUGACGCAAGAACAACUCGAGGUUGCCCCUAAUCUGUAUGAAGUAUUAUUUGGAGUGGUGAGGAAAAUAGACCAAGGUCAUCGAGACUUUGCUACCUUGCUUCAAGUGUGCGAUAGUGAAUUGCGCAAAUUUGGGUUUAUUCCUGAUCAAAUUGAGAUUCGUGAUGCAGAUACUCUCGAAUCUUGCAACCACGAUACCAAGCGUAUGGUUUUACUCGCUGCAGCUUGGCUGGGCAAGGCAAGAUUAAUCGAUAAUAUCCAAAUCAACACCCAAUAUGAUAUCCCAAGCCAAUAA